AUGCCAGAGGAAAAAAUCGAUGCUAUUGGGAUACCUCUAUUCCGAUUAACAUUACUGGGUACCCAUGGCGUCGGCAAGACCUGCCUUGUGAAUGCUAUAAUGAACAAUGUGUUACCCCAAGUAUAUAGACCCACAAAACUUCCGGAGCUCUACUAUUUUCUUUUGAGGCUCUCUUUCGAUGAUCCUAUCGUCAACGACGGUUCUGAAGACAUUAACGCCUUCUGUUUUGAACUCGAGGACACCUGUGCGGACUACGACUUGCGUCAGUUGAUUGACAUGACCAAGGCCAAAUGGCCUUUUGAGAGUGGCAUGGAUAACUAUACGCCCUUUGGCAUAUUCAAGGAGCCCUUGGUGCCAUUAAAACAGGGUGAUGAGUUCCGUGCGGUAUCUCAAAAUCGCAUGGGCUUUCUGGCUAUAUUUGAUGCAAAUAACUAUGAAUCUUACAGGUAUGCAACUUCCAUUAUAGAAUGUAUCCUGCGUAAUUUCAGCUGCAUAGGAGCCAAACAACCGGUGGUGUGUCUAGUGGCCAACAAGACAGACCUUGUGCGUGAAGAUGAUUCUAUAUUUGAGGAAGCUGAUGGGUUCAGUCAGUUGCACACAAUCCCUUUUUACAGGGUAUCAGCGCAACUGAACCGUGACGUGUCAAAAAUGAUUCGGGAGCUUGCCAUGAUCUUGUAUGGUUCCCUUUCUUUGUGGGAGAUUGUUACACAUACCAGUUGA